AUGGCCUCCCUGUUCCUGGUUAGGAUUCAAGGAGUUGGUAUCCUUCCUGCCGUGUUCCUAGUGCUGGGAUUUCUUCGCGCUUCAGCAGCUCUGACCCCCAUUGAACCCAAGGUGAAAUCAUUGAGCGACUUGAAGAUCGAUCCUGUAGAUCCGUUGGUGCCUCUUGCGAGCACUGUGCUGGUCGUUCCCGAUGAAAAUCUUGCCAGAGAUGUUGUCUUUGUGGAAAAGGCCGUGAAUCAAAGAAUAGAGGGAUUGGAAGACUUGCAAAGGAUCAGCCGAUACUGGGACCGUGACUUUGAAUCGUCUCAAUCAGGAGUGGCGGCAGCAAUCCGCAGGGCAUCCGCACUCUCCAGCGAUGUUGCUGUGGUGUGCUGGAACGUGACUUGGGUCCCUCCAACAACCGAAUGGCUCGCAAAUCUUGGCAAGCUGUUGGAACCCAGAGUUGAGACAAAGUUCGUUGCCUACAAUCAUCUGGCUGGACAACCAAGCACAUUUUCAUGGAGAGCCGUCUUUAAGCUAUUUGAAGAUGUCGUGAACAAAGGUGUCUUGUGUGUGCCACUGGCCUGCAUAGAGGGGACCACAACGCUUCAGUAUUCCAAAAAUUCCAAGGUCAUCCGAAUAACGGAGGACCUUGCCUACGCUGAAGAUCUGCGUCGUGGUGCAUUGCAAAAUCGAAAAUGCGCACAAGAUCUUCGCUUGUUCCUGGAAGCCGGAAGGAGAUUGCAGGAUCGUCCAAGUGAUUGGGAUGACUCUGUAGCAACGAGCUUGCCUUGGUCGACAGUAGCUGGUUCUAAUCCACUGGAUGUGGAUCCUGUAGAAGAGGGGCCGUCAGUGGCGAUUGCGUUUGUCGGAAUAGUAUUUCUGAGCUUGCUUGUCUUUGCCAGCGCAAUUGCUCCUCAGUUGAUUGGGCAGUCCUUGUUCGGCCCUCCCAACUACAUUGUGAGCCCAGAGGAACUUAAAAGUAUCUACUAG